AUGGACACACCAGAAAAGUUCCCCUCCGGCAACCCGCCCCAGUACGCCGCCGGCCAGGGCCACUCGCAGCAAUACGCACCGCAAGCACAGCAGCAGCACGCUCAAUACCCAGCGCAGUCGCAACCGCAAUACCAUCACAUGCCCCCAGCGGCUCAGAUGGCGACUCCUCAGAUGACGCCGCAGCCGCAGUACCAGCAGCCGCACGCCGAGGUGCCCAUGUCGGCGAGCCACCAGCACGUCCAAUACCCGCACCAGCACCCGCACCCACCGCAGCCGCAGGCGCAGAACCGCGAUAUGGCGCUGCACAACCCGUCGGCGCACGGCCAGAUGGGCGGCGAGUGGCAGGCAGACCUGUGCGACUGCUCGCCGUGCUCGUCGUGUAUGCUGGCGUGGUGUCUGCCGUGUAUCUUGGUCGGUAACACCUCUGAGCGCAUCCGCGACCCCACGAUGCAGAGCGCCGACAUGCUGAACUCGGACUGUCUGAUCUACGGCGGUAUCGCGUGCUUCACUGGAUGCCAAUGGAUCUACGGAAUGAUGAAGCGAUCCGAGAUCCGCGAGCGCUACAACAUCCCCGGUAGCGGGUUCAAGGACUGCUGCGUGUCGUACUGGUGCCCGUGCUGCGCUAUAAUCCAACAGGACAACGAGGUCCGCAUCCGACAGAAGAACGCCCAGCCCACGAUGCAGGGCUACCAGUCGCAGCCGGACAUGCAGAUGCCGCCCGUGGCGCACGCGAAAUAA